AUGACCGCCAAUGCCCGCACGUCGGCUUUGAUACGAAAAUGGAUGCAGGUGCACAGCAUAUGCCCCAUAUGUGUACGCGUGCUCAAGUCUGUAUUUAAAAACGCAUGGCGUGAGAUUUCUCUUCCAUGCAGUGCCGGAGCUGAGCUUUUGAGGAAGAGCCCGAUUUUCCGCGCGCGGGAUUGGUGGGAGCAGUAUAAACAUGCCAAAGAAUACAAGAAACCGUUGCGAUUGAGUAUGGUCCAUGCCACUGGAGGCAAUUUCUCUCACUGGGAAGAUGUAUUUUGUGAUUAUUUCGGCGUCGAUUGGAGGAGUGUCCGCGACGGUUACCAUUCCCUACAGGAGUGGAUGCGGCAUUUCGGGGAGUUCAGCGCGUGGAUCUGCCGCCAAUGGGGACUCCCGGUCGUGGGGUGCGUUCGGGCGACAACGGAGGCGGUCGUGCAGGACUACCCUCCACCCAAACGACUCCGGGCGAAGAGAUAUACAUUGGAGGAACUGCCAGCAACACAUGCAGCCAUCAACUUCCACGAUGAGCCGAUCAACUGGGAGGCCGGCGCAGGUCGUUUCAUCAUCAUCUGUGAUUGUCAACCUUUAGUUGACGUCAUCAUGGGUACAUCCUCCCGGACGGCUCCGACCACUGCCGCAUCGUCAACCGUAUUUGCACCCGUUGGGCAACGCUAUUCGACAAAGGCGUCUUGCCCCACCAGUGCCGUGCGGAUCCUGUCGUGUGGAGGCGCCGCGAGCUCAAUGUGGAAGCAGACCACCUAG